UCCUUGAUUUCUCGCAAAGACUUCUUUUUGCAGAUGACCGCAUGAGAUGGGCGACAGGAAUAGCCUUCCUGCUUCCUCGCAGCGGUGGCGGCCGUCAUCAAUGCCAACAUCUCUUGUCCUCCGCCUCUCUCCCUGGAGAUCUUUCCCUCUCCGAGGACAUCCUCUACAUUCUCGAAACUGUUCCGUCGGCCGCCGCCAUACAGCCCUCUCUCAACUCUCUCGCUCCACUUCUUUCCGCCUCCUCCGUCUCGCUCGCUCUCUCCUCUGCUCCAUCUCUAUCCUCCGCCUUCCUCCUCUUUGCCUGGUCCUCCCACCACCGUGCCCUCCGCUCCUUCGCCGCGCACAACCUCGUCAUCUCCUUCCUACUUCGUGACUCGCCUUCCUCGUUCUCCUCUUUCUGGUCCUCACUCUCCGAUCUCCGCUCCUCGUCCAUUCCCGUCCACCCUUACGCCUUUUCUGCCCUCAUCUCCGCCUACAACGCCGCAGGCUUCCCGGAAAAAGCUGUUGAGGCCUUCAACCGCAUGCCGGAGUUCGCCUCCCGCCCCAACACCUUCACCUACAACACACUUCUAAGCAUCCUCGCUGGAAAGGGCAUGAUAUUGCUUGCCAUGUCGGUGUAUAACCAAAUGAUCAAGUCUGAUUGCCUCCCGAAUUCAUCGACCUACACAAUUCUCAUUCAUGGUUUGUGCAAGUCUGGGAAGAUCGAUGAUGCGCUGAGGCUGUUUGAUGAAAUGCUCCGUAGAGGUAUUGCCCCGAAAACAACUCUUUAUACAGUUAUUCUAUCGCUGCUUUGUUGUGCGAAUAGGAUAGAUGAUGCCAUUAGGCAAUUGCAGUCAAUGAAAGAGAAUAAUUCCCGUUUGGAUGAAGUUGCCCGCAAUGCCUUGCUUAGUGGGUUAUGCCAGAUUGGUAGGAUUGAUCAGGCCUUUGAGCAGUUAAAAUUGUUUCAGGUGGACGGAUUUGUUCUUGGAUUGAAUGGAUAUAGUUGCUUAAUUGAUGGCUUGUUCAGGACAAGGAGGUUUGAGGAGGCCUGUGAGUUUUAUCGUGAAAUGUUGAAGAAUAAUAUUAGGCCUGAUUGUGUCUUGUACACUAUAAUGAUAAGAGGGCAUGCUGAUGCUGGUAGGAUUGAGGAAGCUUGUGAGUUUUUUAAUGAAAUGACCAAUGGUGGAUUGGUUCCAGACACCUAUUGCUACAAUACUUUGAUCAAAGGACUAUGUGAUGCUGGUCUUUUGGAUAGAGCCAGGUCAUUAAAACUUGAGAUUUCCCAGAAUGGUUGUUUUCCUGAUUCUGCCACAUAUUCUAUUUUAAUUUGUGGGUUGUGUAAGGAAGGUCUCAUUUAUGAGGCACAACAAAUAUUUGAUGAGAUGGGAAAGGCUGGCUGCUUCCCCACUGUUAUGACCUUCAAUUCUCUCAUCAGUGGGCUCUGCAAAGCUGGAAAGAUGGAAGAAGCUCAGCUUCUUUUCUAUAAGAUGGAAAUGGGAACAAACCCUUACUUGUUCUUUCGGCUUUCACAAGGUCCCGAGCAGGUCCAUGAUAUUAGUAGUCUGCAGGAAAGAAUUAGAGAGUUAUGCCUGUCUGGUGAUGUACUUAAGGCCUAUAAGCUUCUCUGCGCCAUCAUAAACAGUGGAGUUGCGCCUGACGUUGUUACUUACAACAUCCUAAUUAAUGGUAUGUGUAAGGCCGGAAAGAUCAAACAAGCACUGAAGCUCCUUGAGGAUCUUCAGACAAAAGGUCAUUUCCCUGAUGCAAUUACUUAUGGAACCCUUAUUGAUGGAUUAUCAAGGGUCCACAGGGACAAAGAUGUCUCUGAGGUGUUUGAGCAAAUGCUCAAGAAUGGAUGCAAACCUACUGUGUCAAUCUACAAUACCCAAAUGAGAACCCUCACUAGGAGAAGGCAAACUUCAAAAGCAGUGUUAUUGUGGCUAGAUUACAUCUCACAGGAGAAAACUAGUUCAGAAGAAGCUGAAACUAUUUGGAUAGCUCGAAAGCAUUUUGAAGAAGGUAGCUUGGUGGAAGCUGUAAGAACUCUUCUUGUGUUGGAAAGAAAUCAAGGCUGUGCAAACUCUUUUCCAUAUACUAUUUGGCUUAUAGGGUUAUGUCAGGAAUGGAAGACUGAUGAGGCUCUUGGGAUUUUUACUCUUCUCCGGGAGUUUGAGAUAGAGGCAACUCCUCCCAGUUGUGCACUCCUUAUCAAUUACCUUUGCCGGGCUGGAAAGUUAGGUUCUGCAUUGGAUGUAAUGCUCUAUUCUUUGAGGAAAGGCUUCUUAUUUAUGAAACCUGUGGGCAACCGUUUACUAAGAAGACUCUGUCUUCAUAAUAAGAUGAAGGAUGCACAGGAGAUUGUGCGCAGAAUGCAUCUUGCUGGAUAUGACAUGGACUUGUAUCUUAGGAAAUCCACAAAGGCCCUUCUGUAUACAUAGUGAAUUAUGGUUUUUUUGCUAGGAAACCCUAUUGUUAUUGUGAGAUAUAGUUUGAGGCUUUUGUUUUUGUAGGGAGAAUUUUUUCCUGUUCUCCUAAGGCUUCGUUUAGGACGCCUUUCUUACUGCUUCUUAAAGCGGUUUUCUAGUACAAAUUUUUUAAUUUUGUACUAGAAAGCAGCUUUAAGAAGCAGGAAGAAAGCUGUCCCAAACGAAACCUAAGUUUAGUCAACAAUUUUGUUGAUUCAUUUAUUCUGCUUGAGUGAAGAUAUACCCCAUAACCUAGUCUUGUACAAUUACAAGCCAAAAUUCUAAUGAAUAAGGUUUCAGUGAAAUAAAUAGUUUUUUUUUAAA